AUGCCGCCAAUGCGAACAGUGUCGCGGGAGAAGCCUCCAAAGACACAGCGCACUCAAGAAGAGAACCAGGAGAGAGCAUAUAUCGCUGCGUCGAGAAGGAGUGACCGAACUCUCGAGGCUCGCGUGGAAUCGGCACGGAGGGCUUCAGAAGUUCAUAAGAGAAGAACUGGACGGGCGCUCCGGAUAACCGCCGAGGAUGUCAUGAACGAGGAGAUGUAUGAGGAAGAGGGGGAUGACCUGCCAUUACAAUAUCGACGCCUUACUGCACAUUUGCAAACGAGCUCGGCCGAUUUCAAUCGCCGCUUCGCCGCUUAUUUGACACACCAGGUGGCGGUCCGGAGUGCCAUAGAGCAGAUGGCUCGAGAUCCUCAUGGCCAGUAUCCCAACAGCGGAGUCAAUAUGUUUCCAUCACCCAUGACUCCUCAACAUAAUAUGGCACAGUCGCUGGGGGGAUAUCAGCGCCCUGCUCCGUACCCUUCGCCUCAUCAAGCCCAUUUUUCCCUGAAUAGCGGCCGGAUGGCAGACUCUUCAGCAUCAGCAACCAAAGACCAAGAGUCAAUAUCGCCUUCCGCACCUGCGCCUGCUCCAGGCGCAAUGGAUCACAGUAACUUGUCGAUUCAUGGCUCGGCACACGUGUCAGACCAGUAUUCUGGACAGCAUGUCAAGGGUCCGGGACCAAGAGCAGAUUUUGAGUUUUCGCCACAGCGUCAAAACCCCAGUGCCGCUACCUCUCCUCAAGGCCGCUCCAAUUCAUUCGCACCAUUGUGGCAGGAUAUGGGGCCGUUCACCACUUCAUUGCCUCCGGAGUCGCAGCAGAUGUUCGCGCAUGCACCUGGCUUUGACGUCAAUGAUCCUUUUUACGCCAUGCUUAUGCGUGGCUCGGACCAGUACGUCAGCAAUUCAUACUACCCUUGGAAAAAUACGCACAGUUCUGUUAAAGAUAUAUCUGCGAGCGACUCAGCCUACCAGGGAAUGAAUGCAACUCUGGCGCCCACGGCACUGGACAAUUUUUCCGAUGGCAUACAGAAGCGCACCAAUAGCACCAUUUCGACGGCCACGACAGUGCUAUCAUCUGUCUCUGGAGAAGUCGCUGAAGUAAAGUCUCUCUCCAACUCAGGCUUGGACUUUGUUAAGCAGGAAGCCAGAGAACCCAGUUUCGUUGCUGGUAACGACGGCCUAGACUCGGGUCAUGGUACCCCUCCCGGGGACGGAUUUUGGGACCACUUUGUCCGAGACGGUAGCUGGGAUGGUGGCGACAACGACGUACAAGCAUUUUUUAGUGGGCACAACCUGGAUAAUACCGAUGUGGAUCUGAAGGUCAAACUUGAGGUACAUGAUUGA